CAAAUACGUCUGACACAUGAAAAACUGAAAAAUUAAAAAAAUAUAUUGCUUUUAUUGUGGUGGUGCUGAAAAUUUGCGAAUUGCUUUUACUAUGAAGUCGAGUGUUCAGUUUGCCCCCAACAAACACUUGGAAAAUAUCAGUAAAAUGUUUAAAAAAUUGUACAACGACGAACACCUCACCGACGUCACAUUGUGCUGUAAAGACGGCACAAUCAAAGCCCACAAACUCAUUCUCGCAACUAGUAGUCCAUAUUUCCACCGAAUUUUCACGGAAAAUAACCGAGAUCAUCCAAUACUCAUAAUGCACGGCAUCUCCUAUCAGAACCUUCACGAUCUCAUUGAAUUAAUUUACAAAGGCAACGUCGAUGUUCUUCCUGAAGCGUUAAAUCCGUUAUAUGAACUAGCAGGAGAGUUUCAAUUGUCUGGAAUAUCGGGAGUGCUAAGAGAAGAAAACGACAAAUAUUCCGACUACAUGAAUGGGAGCCACGGACGGGAUACUCGAUACAGGGGGUUGAAACGAGUCGCAGUCGACUAUAAGGACCCUGAGCCAAAAAUUGAAAACCCCCCAACUCCCCCCAAGAAAGUCGAAAUACCAAACAUUUCCGAUGAUUCAAUCCCAUGCACACCCCCGGACGCGACCCCAGAAUGCGAGGAACCUCCCACACAAAAACCGCCAGAGGAAGCCCCAAAAUUGAGCGCUUGGGCGAAGAAACAACGCAAAUUCAAAUGUGACCUUUGCCCUAGCAGUUUCAAGCGUUCCUCGCAUCUAACUCGCCACCAACUUGUCCAUACUGGCGAAAGGCCCUUCGCUUGUGACCAAUGCGAUAAAGCUUUCUCAAGACAUGACAAACUCAAACACCACAUUCGGAAAACACACGAGGAGUACGAAGCUGAUUAUAACAUGGAGUUGGCGUCGUCUCCGUCUUCUCCACUACCAUUUGUUAUUUCGCAUGUGCGAAGCGAGGCCGAUGACGAGUCUUCGCCCCCGAAUCCGCCAAAACGGCCACGAGGCAGGCCGAGGAAAUACCCGGUUGUGGAAAAACCUCUGGUGAAGCGAGGCCGGGGAAGGCCACGUUUGAAUCCAGUGAGGCCAGCGACAAAUGGGGAAAACUACGAUAUCACUAAUUUGCCCUACGGUGAUUUGGAAUAUUUGACUAUGCCGUUGCAGGACUCAGUUAUCAUUGAGCCAUACGUUGAAAUUAAAACCGAAAAAGAGGAGACUAGUGGAGAAAAUGAUAAAAAAGAUAAACAGAAAGAUGAGGAGCAACCCCCGCGAGUUAGUCCCACGAAUUUGAAAGUCCUAGAAAAUCGAAUUGCGAAAAUUGGAGAAUGCACAAUAUCCGUCGCAAAUCAUUAAGCCCAUCGAGACCAAAAACUAGAUUAGUUCAUUUACUCACAUAUUGUCACACUACUAGUUAUUAAUUAUGUACAAAAUACAAAUAAAACUGUUUAGACGUGAUCUUGGCAUUGCUUAAAGCAAGAAAUAAAAAAAUAUUUGACUAAAAGGGAUAUACAGGAUGAUUCACAAGUAUCGAGUCAUCCCUUGGGUGGUAAUAUAGGACAUCCAACAUUUAACAAACUAGCAAAUUCAACAAAACAAGAAAAAAUUGACAGUUGUUUUUUCUCAAAGAAAAACUUGAAAAAAAUCUGCAUUUAUUUUUAUACUUAG